UGCUUGGCUAACUCUGGAAAUAUUGCUGCAGUUCACAAAGUUGGCGACGACAUGAUACGGGUUUUUAGUAUUUCAGAAAACCAUGUGUAUGGCCUUAUGCUGAAGAGUUUCUGCAUUGCAGGGAGGAUUACAGAAGCUUUGGAAUUGAUUCGUGAUUUAAAGAAUAAAAAUGUGAAGCUUGAUUCUCAAUUUUUUGUGACGUUGGUGAAAGGACUGUGUAGGGCUGCGAGGAUCAGUGAUGCAUUGGAGAUUGUUGAAAUUGUAGAGAAAAGAAAUGGUGCUGAUGAGAAACUUUAUGCAGUCCUUAUAAGUGCAUAUUUGGGGAAAAAUGAAAUUUCAAAGGCAAUUAAUCUAUUCCAGUGCAUGAAAGAUUCAGGAAGUUUGCCCACAGUUUCGACUUAUACUAAUCUGAUGCAGCACCUUUUCAGGGUUAAUGAGUUUCAGGAAGCGGUGAACCUCUAUAAUGAGAUGACAGAGAUAGGAGUUGAAUUGGAUUCUGUUGCAGCAACUGCAGUGGUUGCGGGUUAUAUCAGCCAAAACCGCAUUUCUGAAGCGUGGGAAGUGUUUGAGAAUAUGAAGGAUAAAGGAAUUGACUUUAGCCGGAAAUCAUACACCAUUUUUAUCAAGGAACUUUCCAAAGUAUCAAGGACGAAUGAUAUUUUCAAGGUUCUGAAUGAAAUGAAGGCCUCCAAGAUGGUUAUUGGGAACAAUAUCCUCCAGCAUGUUAUUUCAUAUCUGGAGAGAAAAGGAGAUAUGAAGAACAUCAACAGGAUCAAGCUGCUACAGGGAGUUUCUAAAGUUUACCAUGAAGAAAAUGGAUCACCUGACUUGGAUGUGAGUAGUCAACAAGAAGGAAAUUUGGAGUUAAAAUCAGAAAACCUAGAACGGCUGUCCUCAGCUCUUGACGUGCCAGAGGCAGCUUCAAAAUCCUGUAGUGAAAGUGAUACACAUAAGGUUUUCCAAAUUUUGUUAUCAUCAACAGAUUGGUGCUUAAUACAAGAACAAUUGAAAAAAUGCAACAUACAGUUCACCCCAGAAAUUGUCGUGGAAGUUUUGCGUAACUUUAGGCUGCAAGGUUGUGUGGCAUUGCAAUUUUUUUCUUGGGUUGGGAAGCAAACUAAUUAUAGGCAUACAACAGAAUCCUACAAUAUGGCCAUUAAAAUAGCAGGACAGGGCAAGGACUUCACUCAGAUGAGAAAUCUAUUUUCUGAUAUGAGGAGAAACGGUUGCUUAGUAACAGCUCAUACCUGGACAAUCAUGAUAAUGCAGUAUGGCCGAACCGGACUCACAGAUAUUGCUGUUCGUACCUUUAAAGAAAUGAAAGGUAGCGGUUGUAAACCCACAGAUAGUACAUACAAAGCUGUGAUCACAUCUCUUUGUCAGAAAAAAGGUAGGAGAAUUGAUGAAGCAGUAAAAGUUUUCCAGGAGAUGAUUCAAGUUGGAUGCAGUCCUGAUAAAGAACUAAUUGAAGCUUAUCUCGGUUGUUUAUGUGAGCUUGGUAAAUUAAGGGAUGUCAGAAGCUGUACUGAAUCUUUACAAAAACUCGGUUUCAGUACCCCUUUAACUUAUUCAUUGUACAUUAGGGCACUUUGCCGAGCAAGGAGGCUGGAAGAGGCUUUAGCAUUGGUUAACGAAGUUGAUGACGAGCAACAUGUCUUGAAUCAGUAUGUUUAUGGAAGUUUAGUUCAUGGAUUACUACAAAAAGGGCAGUUAGAAGAGGCAUUGACAAGAAUAGAAUCCAUGAAGCAGGUCGGUAUUCAUCCUACUGUCCAUGUAUAUACUUCCUUGAUUGUAUACUUCUUUAAGGAGAAACAGAUAGGAAAGGCUCUUGAAAUUUUUGAGGAAAUGAAAGAUUUAGGCUGCCAACCAACAAUUGUUACGUAUUCAGCGUUAAUACGAGGGUACAUGAACAUGGGAAAGGUUUCUGAUGCUUGGAGUGUGUUUCAUCAGAUGAAAAAGAAUGGACCAUCUCCUGAUUUCAAGGCAUACUCCAUGUUCAUCUCUUGUCUAUGUAGAGUUGGUAAGUCUGAAGAAGCUAUCCAACUUAUCUCUGAAAUGCUGGAUACUGGGAUUGUUCCUAGUACAGUUAAUUUUAGAACCGUCUUCUAUGGGCUCAAUAGAGAAGGAAAACAAGAUUUGGCCAAGACUGUAAUACAGAUGAAGUUAGAUGUGAAAAAUAGAAGAAAGUUGCUAACUUGAUUUUGAUAAGAACAUGUUAAAGUUAACACUGUCACUUUUUAUCGUAAGAGGGUUGUUUGUUAAGUA